UAUAAACACAACUGAGCCAAACCGUCCGUGUUUCAUGAAUUGAAUUUGGGAAUAGCCGUUUGUUUUAUUUCAUUUAAUUUGUCUGAGACGGGGAAUUACUUUAUUUGUUUGAUUAAACUGCAUCAUGAUUUCGGAAGUAGACUUCACAAAUAAGGACAGCUCAGUUCGAGUGGCUGUCAGAAUCCGACCUCAAAACUCUAGAGAACAAAUAGAUUUGUGUCGUAUUUGUACGACAGUUACAAUUGGAGAACCGCAAAUAUUUUUGGGAUCGGACAAAGCCUUUACUUUCGACUAUGUUUUUGAUACUAAUUCCAAUCAGUGUGAUAUAUACUCGGAAUGCGUGGAGCGGUUAGUCGAUAGUACGCUGCAUGGCUAUAAUGCCACUGUAUUGGCCUAUGGACAAACAGGAUCCGGAAAAACCUAUACGAUGGGCACUGGGUUCGAUCAUGAAUCCGAAUCUUCAGAGUCUGUCCAACUCGGUAUUAUUCCUCGGGCUGUUCGUCAUAUAUUUAGUGGUAUCGAACAACUAGAAGCUGGAAGCACUUCAGAUAUCCCAGCUGCUGCUGGAAGUCCGCAGUUCAGUCUGGCUGUUCAAUAUAUCGAACUAUAUAACGAGGACAUCUUUGAUCUGUUGGACCCAUUCAACAAAAAUAGCAACUUUAAGAUCCAUGAAGACGCAAGCGGACAAAUUACAAUAUCUGGCGCGUCUAUUAAGCCAAUUUCUCAACCACAAGAUGCCCUAAAGUACCUUCAGCAAGGGGCUUUGGCACGUACUACUGCUUCAACGAAAAUGAACGACCAAUCUUCUCGUUCACAUGCCCUCUUCACAAUUUUCGUGCGCAGACAACGUAUACUUGCCCCGAACGACAAUGUUUCGGAUAACGAUUUGGAAACACUGACUUCCAAGUUCCACUUCGUUGAUUUAGCAGGAUCCGAGCGUCUAAAAAGGACUCAGGCCACAGGAGAACGAGCUCGCGAGGGAAUAUCCAUAAAUUGCGGCCUACUCGCUUUGGGAAAUUGUAUUUCGGCUCUCGGAGAUAAGUCCAAAAGAGCUCUUCACGUUCCCUAUCGAGACUCAAAGCUGACUCGCCUACUUCAGGAUUCUUUAGGCGGAAAUAGUCAGACGUUGAUGAUAGCAUGUGUGUCGCCAAGCGACCGAGACUUUAUGGAAACAUUGAAUACGUUAAAAUACGCCAAUCGAGCUCGGAAUAUAAAAAACAAAGUUAAGAUUAACCAAGAUCAAAGUUCUAGAACAAUAUCCCAGCUGCGUAGGGAAAUUGCAGCACUGCAGAUGGAGUUAUUAGAAUACAAACAGGGUAAACUUGUGGUUGAUUGCGAAGGAAACACGACUAUUUCUGAUACAUUUAAUGAAAACAUGUUGCUUCUAUCGGAAACAAAACGUCUACAGCAACGCCUUAAAUCUUUACAAAACACCGUUGUCACUUUGACUGAAAGAAAUGCAGCACUGAAAUUGGAAUUGGAUUCAAGAAUGUGGUCCACAAGCAAUGAGGCUGAUGCUGAAAUUACGAGCGUAGUCGGUCAUUACAUGCUGGAAAUAGAACAGCUUCAGACUAAGUUAAUAGAGUCUGAAGAACUGCGUAAGCAAAUGGAAACUGCUGCCGCGACUUCACCCAGAGGCAACAAACCAGUUUACGAUGGUAACAUUAUAAAUAGGGCCAAAAAAGGAUUGGAGAAAGAACGAGAGCUUUUAAUGUCGCGUUCGUUGCCAGGCGCUCAAAACCAAAACGUCAGCUCGGAGGAAGCAGAAAUGGCCAGUAGCGAUUCGGAAGCGGGAGUUGAGGAAGACUUGGAGUCAAUAGAAACCGAUAUUGAGAUGAAAACCAAGCUAAUUGAACAGUUGGAGUUGACUAAUGAAAGAAUGGAACUUAUGCGAAUGCAAUACGAAGAAAAACUAUCCGUACUGAACUCCAAAAUCCUGAGCACGCAAAAAGAACGAGACGAUGUCUUGACAAAUAUUGGUACAGCUGCAUCUGGCCAAACCAAGGACAGCUUGAAAAAAAAGAAAUCGGAUUAUGAAAGCAAGAUAUCGACUAUGCAACUUGAGCUAAAGAAAUUGCAGAACGCUCAGAGGGAACAUCUUCGUCAACAGCAAAAACUAAAGUCUCAUGAAGUACGGAUAACUACGCUACGCAGUGAACUGGACGAAUUGAAAUUCACAAAAGUUAAAUUGAUGAAAAAAAUGUCGGAGCAAACCAGUCGCCACAAAGAGGAAGACAGUCGAAAAUCGAAGGAAAUAGCUCAGUUGUUGAAGGAACAGCGCCGCCAGAAAAAUGCUGUACUAUCCCUUGAGGCCAAGAUGACUGCGAAGGAGCAGAUUUUAAAGCGGAAAACCGAGGAAGUCAUUGCCCUUCGCAAGAGUCAAAGGGGAAAAUCGGGCCAAAGAGCGCCCGCACAUUUAACUUCAAAAAUUGCCACUUUAGACGGGUUUACUUCUCGAGCGGCAAGGCAUCGAUGGGAGAAUCUUUAUCGCAUUAUAUUACACGCCGCCAGAAAUAGGCAACUGAUAACGCAGUUGGAAAAAGAGCUGGAACGUCUCAUUCUGGAGCGGGAGGAUCUCUCGCGGGAGCUGAACAUAAUGGAAAAUAGUUCAAGUGGCGAAAAGAAGACGGAUGAUUUCAACGAAGUCGACAAUUUAAAAACAAACAUCAGUUAUAUUCAGGAGAAUAUAGAGCAUGUGCAGCAGGCUAUAAUGGAGUUCGAAGACACAAAGGACACUGUCCAAAGCGAUGUGAAUAAGAUUCAAGGUCUAUUGGAUGAUGUUUCAACCGUGGCAGAGGCCAAAUUCAUUCUUCAGAAAUUUACCGACAGUGCCAUUGUCAUGUCAUGCAAUUUGGCCAUUGCCGAAUCUCAUUUGCAGGAGCACGAAUCGCUGCUAAAAGAAGUUAAGCAAGAAAGUGCCAUUCAGCAGCAAAUCUUACAACAUUUUCUGUCGCAAAACAGUAAUGUGCAUAUAGCAGACAUAUUCGAUUCAUUAAAUCUCAAGGGCAGUAACCUCACAAAUAGUGUAAAUCCGGGUUCUCAAAAGUCGUUAAUAAGCAAUGCCACAUAUGACAUACCACAAGAUGACAAAUUUGCAGACACUACCCAUGUAGAGAUGCGCAGGACAACUAGUAGAAGUCCUUCACCCUUUGGGCCAACUGACUCGUUCGAUAAAAGUCCCAAAGUACGUAGACGUACUGCCAAACGACAAGAUCUUCUCUUUGGCGACACGGAACUUCCAGAACAGACUAUUAAUAAAUUGACGUGAUCAUGCAUUCAAAGAUGAGGUCACAGAACGCAAACGGCAUAUGGAGCUAAUAUAUUAAAUUAAAACCUAUAGCGAACAAGUAAUCAAAAAACAGGUUUCAUAUUUUGUAAAGUAACCUAAACAAUGUUACUGUUAUGUACGAAAUGAAUGCAAGCAUUCAAAGGAGUUACGGAGCAGUCAUUGGUACCAUCCAAUUCUACUUUUCCCAAGCAGAAGUUGCUGGUAGAGACAUUUGCAAUUUAGACCUCCAAGUAAAUUUAAACGACUUCCGCGUUAAAAUAGUUUGUUUUUACAUCGAGGGGCUAUACAAUUUGGAACUUUAAAAGUUAUCUUAAGGAUUGUACAUAGCUCGCUGGCGCAGACGAGGCUGCAAAAGAAGUAGAUGUUAGAUAAAUUAUAACUAUUAACUACUAUUAUAAAAUAAUUAAAUAAAAUAUACAUGUAACGUUCUACAUGAAUUCCAAUCUCAUCCUUAUAACGAAUAACAUUUUAAAAUUUAAAUGCAUAGUGUAUGGACGUUAAUACGCGUUGUGUUAACAGUCACACAUUCCAUAGGAUUUUUAGUGGUUGUGUGGAUAUAGAUGUAGCUGUCACAACUUUUGGCCAAACACAAUAAUAAUAUUGCAGUAGCAGCAGGACUUCACCCACCGCCAUGGUU